AUGUCUGACGGCAAUAACCUUCUCAGUAUUCCGAAGUUCGAUGGAGAUUAUGAUCACUGGUCCAUGCUAAUGGAAAAUUUGUUGAGAUCAAAGGAAUACUGGAGCUUGGUGGAGCAAGGCUAUGAAGAGCCUAAACCGCUGGAGUCACUCACAGGAGCGGAACGAAGAACCUUGGAGGAGAAAAAGCUAAAGGACUUGAAGGCAAAGAAUUAUCUGUUUCAAUCUAUUGACAAGAAUAUUUUGAAAACAAUCACCAACAAAUCCACUUCCAAAGCACUAUGGGAUUCAAUGAAGCAAAAAUAUCAGGGGAAUGCUCGAGUUCAACGAGCUCAACUCCAAAGGCUGCUUCGGGAUUUCGAAAUUCUAGAAAUGCAAAAUGGUGAGUGUGUGAAUGAUUAUAUUUUUAGAGUCAUGUUAACUGCAAAUGACAUGAGAGGAGCAGGAGAGACCAUGGAGAAUAGACAUAUUGUUGAGAAGAUUCUUCGCACACUGUCCGACAAAUACAAUUAUAUUGUAUGCUCAAUCGAAGAAUCCAAGGAUAUCAAUAAAAUGACAGUAGAUGAACUACACAGGUCAUUGCUUGUACACGAAUACAAGAUAAAGCGGAAGGAUGUGACUGAACAAGCACUGAAGGUUACCGGAGACAGUUCUAAUUUACGAGUUGACGAACGAUUCAGUGACAGAGGCAGAGGGCGUGGAGGAUACAGAGGAAAGUAG